GAAUCACUGCAAGAAACACUUGUCGUUUUCAUGCUUGAAUUGUCUUAACGACGAGGACCUACGUGGCGCAAUGACCAGCUCUAACAACCAGUCCUGUGUUAAGAUUACUGCUUUUAUGCAAUGGCCCUACAUGGCCGUCAGGGGAACCGCCGACAACCUGAAGGUGGAAGGAAGCAUCGUGGAGAUCCAUAAAAUAAUUUUUGACAAACUCGGUUACUGCUUCUCGUACGUGUACCUCGACUACUUCCGCUGUCCCUUAGCAGCUCUCCUGUCCGGGAACGCAGAUAUGUCUGGCGUUCCGGUAGCAAUCACAGACGAGGUAACAAAGGGCAAAAUGGAGCACAGUGUGUAUGUUUACGCGGACGAACUGUCGGCAAUGUAUCGAAGGCCAGUGCUGGAGGCUGACAUCAGCGGCUUAUUCAAUACUUACACUGCAUAUGUCUGGUGGCUGAUAAUUGCUGCGUCUCUUGGCAUGCUGUUUUGUGUGUGGGUCAUGCGGCUUCCUCGCAACGCUCUCUUCAAGAAAUAUCGAGGUGAGGCCGGACGGACGGAUCCCGACAACGGUGCGCUGAGCAAGACAUUCUGUUCCACGAGUAACUUUUUCUCGACUCUGGCAGUUAUGCUGGCACAGUCCAUCCCAAACGAGCCUCGGAGAGCUCCCGCCAGGAUCGCCUUCGCCUUCUGGCUGCUCGUGACUUUCGUCCUCGCCUCCGUCUACCGCUCCAACGUCAAGGCCAUGCUCAUCCUGCCGAAGGUCGACCUGCCUUUCAACGACGCCGAGGAGCUGGCGGACACGGGCCUGCCGCUCAAGAUGACCUUCCGAAGCCUGCUGCACCGGAGCUUGUUGAAGGCCCCGCCUGGCUCCACGCUCUCCCGUCUCCUGCCGAGAAACGACAGCAUAUACUUUGAUAUGAACUUCUCUACAGCAUUCAAGGAAAUGAGGAAAGGGGCGCCUGUGAUUGCUGCUUCUCGCACAGUAAUCCGAAACGUAAUGCACGAUUCUUUCUCGAAGACUGGCAAGUGCCUGGCAUACGUCAUGACUGAUAAUCUUAUUGGGAUGAACUACUACAGCUUCGUGUUUCCAAAAGGAUCGCCGCUGAAAGCCCAAGUAGACCCUCUGAUUGUGAAACUUCAGCAGUCUGGCAUCAUGGAUUAUGUUGUCAGGAAAGCAACUGCAAAUGCAACCGAAUGCUUAAAACCUCCUCAGUCACAGUACCAGCACGAACUGCGACCUCUGAAACUACGUGAUUUCUAUGGAGUUUUUCUUUUGCACAUUGGAGGAAUAUUCGUCGGACUUCUGGCUUUCCUGAUAGAACUUGCCUGGGCAAAACUUGUUUACCCUCUGAUGCCUCAACCAAACUCCCGUCAAACUUAGUAUCUUUGUUUUGCAAUAUUCGGAUGAAAGCUUAUAUACUGCUGUAUGCACCGAUAAGUAGGUUGGAGCAAGGAUCACACACUGAAUGUUACAUAGAACAGAAGGCUCAUCUAAGCACGCAGGGUCUCGCUAUCGGUCGCCCUACUGGAUCCUCUCUCGGUUCUUUGUUCCACAUAAAGACGCCAACGUGCAUGGCAUCCAACUGGCGAUCACAGAGUGGAUGAUAAAAUUACUCGUACAGUUUAAAUAGCUCAUGUUAGAUAAAAAAUUGUACCCUAGUGUCUGUGGUUAAGUGUUCAGUCCUAAACUGGAAAUUGGAUAUUGUUAUUAUUAUCCUGACAGGGUAAAAGUAAGAUAAAUGUAGAUUAAUAUGUAGCUUGGCUAUUUUAAUUAGGGGAUUUCUAACCUUUGAGAUCCCAUUAGGAUAAGUACCUUGUUCCUGUCAACAGUGCACCGUUAUUCCGCAGAUAUAUCAACUUCAUAAACUUCAUAUUUUUCCUCGCAUCCUAUACACUAGCUUGACAUGAUGGAACCGACUCCCCUUCGGUUCAUCAUUUCCCAGUGAGUAUCAACCGCAAUUUUGUUUACCUCUGUUAAAUAUUAGUUAUUGUUUAUCGUCGCGUAACGUUCGAACACUAAAUUGAUUGACUCACUGGUAGAGAAGUUACGUUGUUUGUUUUUUAGAUUGCCAUUAGCUGCUAAGGUCAGAUUUUUCAGUUUCGCAGGCAUUUCCAAUAAUCCUUUUUUAUCAUCAGUAACAUUUCGACUAUUAAUGUUAUCAUUAUUCCACACCAAUAAGUAGAUGGUGGUUCGAAUCUCUUUCUCUCUCUCUCUCUCUCUCUCUCUCUCUCUCUCUCUCUCUCUCUCUCUCUCUCUCUCUCUCUCUCUCUCUCUCUCUCUCUCUCGCAUGUACGUAUAUUCCAUUCCUUUGCCUACUCUUUAUUUCCCCUAAAAUGAAAAUACCAUUUAUCCCUGAAUCACAUUGUCGCUUUCAUGAACGUUAGUAAUAAACUGCAAAAGCAUUA